AUGAGUUUCGAUCUCUACAUUUACGCUAGUGGGUAUUGGUCACCUGAUGAUGCGUAUCUUGGUGGAGAGGCACAUCCAGCUGGAAAACACUUGGCUGAAGGAUUUGGUUUGGCAACGAUUCGGAUGCUCAUAGUCCAGUAUCUUGGCUACGAAGAGAACCUGAGCAAGAUAUCUUGGUUUCCACCAGAGACAUCUGCCCCGAAAGAGGAUACUGAUGAUGCUGAGAUAAUGGAGAAAGUGGUACAUUACAGACUAGGGGCAAGUGCGAUAACAUUAUUUGCUGUCCGAGAAGAUGAUCCUUAUAUAGGUCGGAGAGCAGUUGCUGGUUAUCUGAUGAAGAAGAAGAUGGUUUGGCUGAAGAAGAAGAUGGUUUGUCUGAAAAAUGAUGAUAGAGGUGAUGAGGCAGAAAUUAGAGAGAACGCUGAUUAUUUAGGUGAUGUUUAUGAGAGUGCGAAUAAUACUGAUACCGAUUGUGAUAGUGAUGACAAUCAGAGGCGUGAGAUAGAUGAUUGCAAAUAUAAGAAGUUUGAGAUAGGUCAAGAGUACAAGACAAUUGAUAGUUUCAAGCGUGCGGUGAACAAAUACGCAGUGAAAAAGAGAAGGGAUAUUAGAUAUAAGAAAUCAGAUAGAAGACAUGUCACAGCAAUCUGUUCAGAUGGGAAGUGUCCUCGGAGAUUGUAUGCUUCAAUCAACAGUUCUUCAACUCGGGUUGUCAUAAGAUCAUUGCAAGAGGAGUACAAUUGCACUUGGCAAGAAAAUGUGUUUCUUCUAACGAAUGCUAGAAUAGCAGAUAUCUACAUUGAAGAGUUUAGGUUGAACCCGGAUUUCUCAGCCAAUCAGUUGCAAGAGAAACUAUUGGCUUUCUUCUCGGAGUACUCUAAGUGUGAUGCAGUGAAAAAAAAUUUGGGAGAGUCUUUUAAUGCAGCAAUACGAAUUGAAAGGACUAAACCAAUUGUUGAAAUGCUUGAGGAGAUUAGGAGAAGGGUCAUGAUCUCUAAUGAAAAAAAAACUCGAAGCCGAGAAAGCCAGAGAGCAGUAUCGUUACUUGAGCAGCAGAUAAAGCUAGCUAAGAAUUGUAGAUCAUUACCUUGCGGGAUGGGGAAGUACGAAGUGAGCUACUUUAGUGAUAGGUACAUCGUCCAUUUGAGGAAUGAAACAAGUUGUACCUGCCGGAUGUCCGUCAUUAGUGGUAUCCCCUGUUGCCAUAUUGCAUCGGCACUUAUGCUAGAGAGAAACGCUGAGCAAGAUCCAAAAACGUUAAUCAGUGAUUGGUUUAAGGUGGAGAAGCUUCGGGCGUGCUAUGCAAGAAGUUUACAACCAGUUAAUGGUAUGAACCUGUGGAAAGUUACAACUGAUGUUUGGGUGAAUCCACCUCCAUAUAAGAAGCAUCCAGGUAGGCCUCCAAGAAAGAAGAGAAAGAGAGAGAAAGGGGAAUCGAAGGCUAAACCAGGAAAAGCACCAAGGAUAGGAAUCAAAAUGGAAGGACACAAUGUAACAAAGUGUAACAACCAGCCUGUCUAUAAGCCACCAAAGAAACCACCAGGGAGGCCAUGCAUUAGGCCUAUGUCAUCUGAUGUAGGACUUGAUUGGCUUAGUCUUGAAGGUGGCCCUUCUUCUCAUCCUGCUGACAAUAAUUCUUGGAGGCUAUGGAAUGAAAGUGUUGGUGCAUCUUCAUCUUCUCAGCCUCCAGAACGUUUCUCUGCCUCUCAGUCUCCAGAACGUGGCUCUGCUUCUCAGCGUGCAUGUGGUGGCUCUGCUUCUCAGCGUGCACGUGGUGGGUCUUCUUCUCAGCGUGCACGUGGUGGGUCUUCUUCUCAGCCUGCAGAAGGUGGGUCUUCUUCUCAGCCUGCAGAAGAUCUCCCUUCUCUUUCCUCUGCACUCCCACGGAAGAAGCGUGGCAGACCACGUAAGAAUCUUGUGGAGGGAAGUGUGCCACCGGAACAGCCUCCCGAACAACAAGCUUCUCGACAGCCGAUUUAUGACACCGGACCUAUUCAGAUCCCAAGAGAAGGGUACAGUGUCUUCACUAGUGUCCAGUCAGGGGAUGACUACGUUCAUCUUGGGAAAUCUGUGAGGGACACCAGCGAUAACACAAUCCUGCCAAGCAGCCUAUACAGAGCGAGAUAA